AUGGCCUAUGACCGCUAUGUUGCCAUCUGCAAACCCCUGCACUACGGGACCAUCAUGGGCAGCAGAGCUUGUGUCAAAAUGGCAGCAGCUGCCUGGGCCAGUGGUUUUCUCAAUGCUCUCCUGCACACUGCUAACACAUUUUCAAUACCACUCUGCCAAGGCAACACAGUGGACCAGUUCUUCUGUGAAAUCCCCCAGAUCCUCAAGCUCUCCUGCUCAGACUCCUACCUCAGAGAAGUCGGGCUUACCAUGGUUAGUCUUUCUUUAGUCUUUGGGUGUUUCAUUUUCAUUGUGGUGUCCUACGUGCAGAUCUUCACUGCUGUGCUGAGGAUCCCCUCUGAGCAAGGACGACACAAAGCCUUUUCCAUGUGCCUCCCGCACCUGGCCGUGGUCUCCCUGUUUGUCAGCACUGGCCUGUUUGCCUACCUGAAGCCCCCCUCCAUCUCCUCCCCAGCUGUGGAUCUGGUGGUGGCUGUUCUGUACUCAGUGGUGCCUCCAGCGCUGUCCCCAGCACAUGUCCUUGAGACAAUCUCCCUCACCCUGCAUGCUGGUCCUUACCCCAAAAGUCACAUCCAGAAAAGGGUCCAUGCCCAGCUGGAGGACUGUGCAUCCAACUGUGACCCCCGGGAGGCGAGCCCUCUCCUGGGUCCUCUGCAGCUGGUGGCACUACAGGCCUCCUGUGACCCCUUCAACCUGAACUAUCCUAAAAGCCUGUGA